AAAUACACUAUUACUACUAGUACUACUUCAAUAGUUCAAUUCAACUACUAGUGCCUAAUUCUUCGUACAUUUUCUGCCACGCUCUCAACAACAUUUUCGCUAGAAAUGGAGAGCCUGAAAUCACCUUUCAAGGGUAUUGUAAACGAUUUUAGAAGAAGAGCGUUACACUAUAAAGAUGAUUGGAUUUCUGGUCUUACUUCAGGAACCGGGAUAUUGGCCCCAACUACAUAUAUUUUCUUUGCUUCUGCUUUACCUGUUAUUGCUUUCGGCGCACAGCUCAGUCGGGACACUGAUGGAAGCUUGAGCACUGUGGAAACACUUGCUUCAACGGCCAUUUGUGGAAUCAUACACUCCAUUUUUGGUGGACAGCCUCUACUAGUACUAGGAGUGGCAGAACCUACUAUCCUUAUGUACACCUAUUUGUAUAAUUUUGCUAAAAAUAGAGAAGGAUUGGGAAGAGAACUCUUUUUGGCUUGGGCAGGAUGGGUUUGUGUAUGGACUGCUCUUUUGUUGUUUCUUCUAGCAAUAUUCAAUGCUGGCAAUAUCAUCAAUAGAUUUACAAGGAUUGCUGGUGAGCUUUUUGGCAUGUUGAUUAGUGUCUUAUUCCUUCAAGAGGCUAUCAAGGGAAUGAUAAAUGAGUUUAAAGUUCCUAAAGAAGUGGAUCCAACAUUGGAUAAAUACCAAUUUCAUUGGCUAUAUGCAAAUGGAUUGCUUGGUAUUAUAUUCACCUUUGGACUUCUCUAUACUUCUUUAAAAAGCAGAAGAGCAAGGUCAUGGUUAUAUGGAACAGGAUGGUUAAGAAGUUUCACUGCAGACUAUGGAGUUCCUCUCAUGGUGGUGGUGUGGACAGUUUUAUCAUUCAUAGUAGUAUCAAAUAAAGUACCUUCUGGAGUUCCUAGAAGACUCAUUGCACCUUUGGCUUGGGAAUCUGCAUCAUUACAUCACUGGACAGUUAUCAAAGAUAUGGGGAAGGUUUCUCCAGCACAUAUUUUUGCUGCUUUUGUUCCUGCUUUAAUGAUAGCAGGACUUUACUUUUUUGACCAUAGUGUUGCAUCUCAGUUGGCACAGCAAAAGGAAUUCAAUCUUAGGAAACCUUCUGCAUAUCACUAUGACAUAUUGUUGCUAGGAUUCAUGACUUUGUUUUGUGGACUAGUUGGCUUGCCCCCUUCAAAUGGGGUUCUGCCUCAAUCCCCUAUGCACACCAAGAGUCUGGCUGUUCUCAAGAGACAGUUGAUCCGAAGAAAGAUGGUUAAAAGUGCCAAGGAAAGCAUAAGGAAGAACGCUAGCAACUCUGAAAUAUAUGGGAAGAUGCAAGCAGUGUUUAUAGAAAUGGAUAAUAAUAUUCCUGAUGUGCAGAACAAUUCAGUGGUGAAAGAACUAGAAGAUUUGAAGGAGUUUGUCCUAAAUGGUGAAGAUAAAGGAGACAACAAUAAGAGCACAUUUGAUCCUGAGAAACACAUUGAUACAUAUUUGCCUGUGAGAGUAAAGGAGCAAAGAGUGAGCAACCUUUUACAAUCACUCUUUGUAGGAGCAGCAGUGUUUGCUAUGCCUGCCAUAAAAAUGAUACCAACUUCAGUUCUGUGGGGUUACUUUGCUUACAUGGCUAUUGAUAGUCUUCCAGGGAAUCAAUUCUGGGAAAGGAUACUGCUUCUUUUUGUAAAACCUAGUAGGUGGUACAAGUUGUUGGAAGGUGAUCAUGCUUCCUUUGUUGAGUCAGUACCUUUCAGAUAUAUAUUCUUCUUUACACUCUUCCAAUGUGUGUACUUUUUGGUUUGUUUUGGAGUGACAUGGAUUCCUAUUGCUGGAAUGUUGUUCCCUUUGCCUUUCUUUUUGCUUAUCUCAUUGAGGCAACAUAUACUACCCAAGCUGUUCAAUCCGCACCAUCUUAUGGAACUAGAUGCAGCUGAAUAUGAAGAAAUACCUGGUGCUCCAAAACUAAGUUUCAAUUUGUCCUUCAAACAGGAAGUUGAAUCACCAAGAGUUGGAUCAAAGGAAAUAGGCAAUGCUGAAAUAUUAGAUGAGUUAACAACUAACAGAGGGGAGUUGAAGGUGAGAACAAUUAGCUUCAGUGAGGAAAGAAAUAACCAGCAGGUUUAUCCUCAUGUAAUGGAUCCACAGUCACAGAAUGUAGGGGAAAGGUGACACAAUCCUUGCAGCUUAUAGUGUUGUCUCCUAUAGUUGAAGAAGGAAAAGAAGAUAUCCAUCCAUAUAGAGAUGAAGAACAAGUUUUGCACUUCUAGCUGAUGUAAUCAAGUGCUUUAGCAUGCCGGUUUUAAUGGAAUUUGUAUCUGCUAUUAGGAAAUAAAUAGUGAAAAAAUUUAUGUUCUAGUUUGCAUUCAAAUUCUAGUUAAAUGUAUAUACCGGGAGUUACUUAUAACUCUAUAACUAGAAUAUUAUGUGCCCAUCUGUGCGGUUUAAUUUUAAUUUUUUUUGGUGAUA